CUCUCGCGGUAGCUGCGCUCCUGCACCGGCGGCGAUAUUCAGGGAGGAGAUGGCGGCCAGAGGGGGGUUUCAGUCGGCACCGACUGCUGCAGGCGGCGGAGCGAUGGGACCCGGGCCACCGGUACCGGGCGCAGCGCCAGGCAUGGGGCCAGGGACUCCCUCUGGAAGGAUGGGACCGGCGUCAGGUGCACAGAACCACAUGUACCGCUCUCCGAUGCCCGGGCCUGGGUACCCGAGACCGGGCAUGCCUCCAUCCAGCCGUAUGACCCCACAGGGGCCCGCCAUGGGCCCGCCGGGAUACGGCAGCAGCCCGGUGUCCCGUCCGGGGAUGCCCGGCGUGAUGGACCCGUCUCGGAAAAGGCCGGCCCCUCAGCAGAUUCAGCAAGUUCAGCAGCAGCAGAACCGGAACCAGCACACAAAGAAGAAGAAGAUGGCUGAUAAAAUUCUACCUCAGAGGAUCAGAGAACUGGUCCCGGAGUCUCAGGCUUACAUGGACCUUCUGGCUUUUGAGAGGAAGCUGGAUCAGACCAUCAUGCGCAAAAGGCUCGACAUUCAGGAGGCCCUUAAAAGGCCCAUAAAGCAAAAGAGAAAGCUUCGGAUUUUCAUAUCCAACACGUUCAACCCUGCGAAGCCUGACGCUGAGGAUGGAGAGGGCACCGUUGCAUCAUGGGAGCUACGUGUUGAAGGGCGGCUACUAGAAGAUACCGCUGUGUCCAAGUAUGAAGCUACCAAGCAAAAAAGAAAGUUCUCCUCCUUCUUCAAGUCCCUUGUGAUCGAAUUAGACAAAGACCUUUACGGGCCGGAUAAUCACCUGGUGGAGUGGCACAGGACUGCCACCACCCAGGAGACCGAUGGUUUCCAGGUGAAGAGGCCAGGUGAUGUGGGCGUUCGUUGCACCGUCCUGCUCAUGCUUGAUUACCAGCCCCCUCAGUUCAAGCUGGACCCCCGACUGGCCCGCAUGUUGGGCAUCCACACUCAGACCAGACCCGUCAUCAUCCAGGCCUUGUGGCAAUACGUCAAGACACACAAGCUCCAAGAUCCGCACGAGCGCGAGUUCAUUAACUGUGACAAAUACCUCCAGCAAAUUUUUGAAACCCAGCGAAUGAAGUUUUCGGAAAUCCCACAGCGCCUGCAUGCUCUGCUGAUGCCUCCAGAGCCCAUCAUCAUCAACCAUGUGAUCAGCGUGGAUCCCAAUGAUCAGAAGAAGACGGCGUGCUAUGACAUCGAUGUGGAGGUGGAUGACACGCUGAAGACCCAGAUGAACUCAUUCCUGCUCUCCACAGCCAGCCAGCAGGAAAUUGCAGGAUUGGAUAACAAGAUCCACGAAACUAUCGAGACCAUCAACCAACUGAAAACCCAAAGGGAGUUCAUGCUGAGCUUCGCCAGGGACCCUCAGGGCUUUAUCAACGACUGGCUUCAGUCCCAGUGCAGGGACUUCAAGACCAUGACGGAUGUUGUGGGAAACCCAGAAGAGGAGCGGAGAGCAGAGUUUUACUAUCAGCCGUGGGCUCAGGAGGCCGUGUGUCGCUACUUCUACUCCAAGGUCCAGCAGCGGCGACAGGAGCUGGAGCAGGCGCUUGGAAUCAGGAACACUUGAAGAGGUUUCCCCCACGAAAGGAUGAAGAUGGCCUGAGUUGUGCUGGUGGAGUUGAUUAAAGUGUGUGUGUGUGUGUGUGUGUGUGUGUGUGUGUGUGUGUGUGUGUGUGUGUGUGUGUGUAGGGUGUUUCAAACUGAAGUCCUCAAAUUAAAAAAAAAAAACCCUAUGAGAGAAUGGAUAUCAAACGACUUUACUGUUAAAUAAAAUGUCUUUUCUUUUUUUCAUGCAGAUUGACAACAGUUAGGUUGUUUUCUGCUUUAGGUUUCAUGUAAAGCUUUUUCUUUUCAGACUACGUUUCUUUCUGCUGCUUGGUUAGCUUAAAGACAUUCCUUUCUUUUCAGUACACUGACACAAAUGCAGAGAGAUGACGGGUUGUCCUUGGAAACUUUAAACGUAACAUUUGCCUGGAACAAGAUGUUGAGCCCACUGUUUCUCUUGUUAUCAUGUAUUGAAAUUUAAAAACGGCAUUUUACGCUCCUGACCAGCCUUCAGGUGCUUGACAGUGGAGGUAAAUAUUGAUUGUGGUUGUGUUUGUGAUCAGUUCGGCUUCUUUGCUGCAUAUUGACUUGGAUUUAGCUGUGUUGGUUUAUUUCGACGGCCCCUCAGUCUGUAUGUGUGACAUUUUACAGAUCAUUGAAUCAUGACAGAUCUUUUUUUUUUUUUUAUGUUUCCUUUUGAUAUGAAGUUUAGUCCUUAUUUCUUUCUUUUUUUUUGUUGCUGUUGCCAUUAGUGAUCCUUGUUUUGUAUUUCAUCCAUACUUGUCUUGUUAGAUAGUUCAGAUAAUCUUGAAAGUAGCUAGUAUGGUUACCUCUAGUCUAUAUAGUUUUGUAAAUACUGAGCAAAAAUAAAAACUUCAGAUGGAUAUGAAGUUAGCCUCUAUCUUGUCUUAAGUUUUUUGUCUACUCUGAUUGUUGCCACAGUAUUUAUAUUAAUGGGCCUGACUGUCGGUGCAGUGGUUUGGCUCUUCAUUGUUCACCAGGCCCUCACAUUUAAUGAACCAUUUAAAUUGGGGUAAGUUCAGACUUAUUAAGCCUUAUUAAGUUUUAUAUCUUUUAUUAACGGUAAGAGAAACUGGCAGAGGCCGAUAAGAAGUGCUUCUUUGUACAAUGGCAAAAAGUCUGGUCUGGUCGUUUCCCUGUCCCAGGUUAAAGAUCAGGAAGAGUUUUGACUUGUACGUUUUGUUUAAUUGAGAGAAUACACUAAUGUGGGUUUGGACUGGUAUGUGAGUUGGAGAACCUCCUGAGAUGUAAAACACUGAGUGGACUGUAGAGUUAUGUGAAUCUGCUAAUGUUUUUCAUGGACCAAACCUAUUUUCUGUAUGUCCCUAUGUUAUAAUAAAGGAUAUGU